AUGAGCGAGAUCACAGGUACCAACGACAAGCCGAUCACCGAUCGAGUGCUGACUUGCAUUCUCGAGGGACGGUACUACAAGCCUGUGCUACUCAAUGAUGUGCUGGGUACGUCGGGUGCCACAGCUAUUCCAGCGUCAACACAGGAACAGGGAUACCGAGUUGUUCGUCAUGAGGGAACAACGCUCAGCGACGAUGCAUAUGCCACUUAUAUGGACUCGUGCGCUCUCAUUUCCACAACAUUGGACACGAUACUGGACAUUUGCGAUAAUGAAUUGGGCUACCAGGUCACGAGGGAUGCAUUGCGGAUCGUAGUGGACGGUGAGAAGACCAAAGACAGCACCAGCGAAGCUGUGUACUUGAUUGACGAUUCUUUGCCGGUGCUGAUAAUGCCGUUCUGGGACAACGCACCAUUUGCUCGCUACGCUGUGCCCGGUUCAGACGGAUCGGCUUGUAUGUUUCGUCUCAGUGGGAAAUACAUCGACUCGGCUUUGACGGAUGGAUUUCCCGCGAUGCUGGCAGUUAACCGAUCGGUACGGGAGGCUAUAACCAAGGAAUGGCUCGAGGCACCAAACGGCGAGUGGCGGCACGGUUGGUUUCACGUCGGGAAUGGAGAGGAAUCCGAGACCGCGUACUUUUCGGACGUCAUCAGUUCGGAUCCCAAGUCGAUCUAUGGCUUGACCCAACGCGAGUUCAAUACGGUUGCGAAGGAGGAACUGGACUGUGUUAAUAGCCCGGAAGCGUGUUUGUCUUCGUCGGUCUCGCAGACGUGGGGCGAGAAGUUUUCGACUGAGGAGCAAGAGCUCACCAUGACCUCCAUCACUGUAGUUUCACCGCAGCAUAUCGGCUUCUUCCUCUACACCAACACCUACCAGCGCACCGUGCGGGUGAUCUACGACUGGGAAACCUUGAUUGCGAAUGUCUCUUUGGGAAUGCUGAUGGUGCGCUGGAUCGUGGCAAUGGCGUCACUACAUCGCGGCUUCAUCCAAGGACACAGUGAAUGGUUCAUCGGCGGAUUGGGCUGCGUCGCUGGAUCACGCAGCCUGAACAUGCUCCCGAUCGUGUUACUUCCUCACCUGAAAGUCACCAUUGCAUCCUUCUGGACUGCGGGUUGCUACUUUGAGGGCGAGCAGAAUGCGCUGUCCGAGUCCUGGUUCACGAUUUACCCCGGGUUGGUGGAGUUCUGCCUCGUGUACUACAGUUUGCUCAACAUCGCGGCCAAGAUAACUCGUCGUCGCAUGACGGACAUGUUUUUCACGCCGACGCUAGCGUUGUUUUGCUUGUUGCACCGCAUUCGCGUAGAUCUCGCGCGUUCGGGUGCACUGCCGGGCGUUGACGGUCGUGUGACUACGCAAGUUCACUCUACGGAGAUGCAGGACCUGCGUUUGAUCGACUUUUUCAUCUCAAAUGUUGGGCCUCGCAUGAACGCGAACCUGGCGCUGCUCAUGUCGAUCAAACUCGUGCUGAUCGGACUCAAUCUUCUACCGCUGGUGCUCGCUCCCUAUAUUCCGCCAGUCAAGCAGCCAGACACGGGUCUCAAAGGUGUCGAGCGAGCUCUUGCCAUUCGUGCCAGCAACGUCGGAGGAUUGGGCUGUUCACCCGUCUACAUUUACGGGGACGAGCGCAAGGGCGAACGCACGAAGGUGGCAUUGAACAGCUACGAGCUGGUGAGGCUGGGGUACGUUGUAUUUGGUGGGCAGUUCCUGCUGACGUUUGAUGCGUGGGACGUCAUCAUGAACACGGCGGCGCUGCAUCGGGUGCACCACUUGUGGAACUACAGAGUAGUGCUCUUCCCCCUUCGCGAAAGGGAGGGAUACGCCGCUGUUGGCGAUAAACCCAUUGUCUGUCGCCUCGAUGACGCUCGUCUGGACCCGAUUCCGUUCUGGGACAUCGCUGCCCAGCCUGUCAAGUGCUAG